AUGAACAACCAAAUAGAAACUUUUCUUCACUAUUUACUGGAUACGGAAACAACGUCCGAGAUGAUGUUUUAUGAGAAUAUUUCGAAAUCUCCCGAUUUAUUCCAUGUACGUUAUCUUAAGGACUGGGAACAAACGGUUUUACGUACAAUACAACAGGUGCAUCGGUUUGCCAGUGUAUCUACAUCAAGCCAUGUCGAUAACGGGCAGAAUUCUAAAGAAUUAACAAUGACGUCUUCAUCUGAAGAAGAUGACGAUGAUGAUGAUGAUGAUUCUGACGAAAAACAAAAUAAUAAUCAAAACAAAUCUUCAUCGAAUGGAAAUAGUUAUUCAUCGAAUAAAGCAACGGAUUUUUAUGUCGAUACUGUUCGUCAAUGCCAACGAUUGCUUCGUCUCUUACAUUAUUGUCAACAAAAAUAUCCACAUUUUAUUAGUCUUUACUAUGAUUCACUCGAACAGUAUCGAAGAAGCGACAUUGAAAAAAUUGGCCUGGUCGUUUUACAACAAAUUGCUACUCAUCUCUUCGAAGGAGCGAAAACACCGAAUGAACAGGAACAGUUAACUGAAAAACUAUCUUUAAUGACUCGUCUAUCCUAUCAACCUAUCUUAGCAACAAUUCAAUCGCUCUUAUCAAGCGAUACCAAUGAAAUCAAUACCACGAAUUUCCUGUCCAAGCAUCUUGAUAUUCUCUAUCCUCGUCAAGCUGCUUUUCUUGAUGUUCGUCAAGAAUUUCGUGACACAGCUCAAUAUCUAAUCGAUGGUGAUUCACUGCUCUUAUCUAUGGCGCAUCAUACAAACAUCCAUCUAAACUCAUCGUUCGGGAAUACAUUGCAUUUGAUAUUUCUCAUCGAACGAUUCCUUCAUACGCUCUUUCAACAAUCGCACAAGUGCAAUUACACUCUAGUCUUUUUCGAAUGCCAUUAUCACUGUUAUCGUGAAGAUAGUCCAAUACUUAAUCUACUUCGCGCAUGUUUAAUCGCUCAUCUUUCGGAAAAUGUGGAAAAAAUAGGAAAAAUCAAAAUCAAACGGUUCGUUUCUUGGUAUGAUGAUCGUGAUUACUUGCAAUUCAUUCGUGAAGAAAGACCCUUAUUUGUAUUCUACCAUGACAUGUCAACAUUUGAUCGAGAGAAUGAUAGUCUCUUUUCGAAAGAUGUUUUAGCAAAAUUACUUUGUAUCUAUCAUUGUUUCGGCAACUAUCAUCAGUAUGCUGUGCAAUGUCAACUUUAUUUAAUGAACAAAUUCAUAUUAACAGAAACAAGCGUGAAAUGUUUUCAAAUUCAGUUUGAUCGGGAUUGUCCAAAGAAAUUAUUUGAUACAGUCAUGGCGAUAACGUCGUUUGAAAUUAACAUCAAUACUUACACCGGAGAACAAAAACGACAGGAACUUGAAAAUUUAUGCGAAGAUGAUGUUCGACUCUAUUUGUAUUUGCAAACAAUCAUUGACCUCAACGAGAAAACGAACCAGGAAUCAUUUCUUUCAUCACUCAAUCCGCUAUUAAUUCUCCACGUCGCACUUCUCAUUCGUCUUUCUCUACUCGAUCGACAUUUACCAUUGUCUAUCCCAUCGAUCGAAACUCAUACGAGAUUUUCUCAAUCUAUUCGUGAAUUUCAACAACGCUUGGCAUUCAAUCUGUCUGCAUGUACAUCAAAAUGUUCCCAAUCGAAAAUUGCUGAUCUUUUCGAUGGUCGUCUCUUCCUUUUUACCCUCUAUCACAUUCAUCAAUCAGCGACUGCACGACUCGACUCAAGAACAAAUCAAAUUCUUCAACGAUCCCUAGAAAUCUUGCGCAUUCCAUUCAGUGAAACUCUCUUUCAAGAUACAAUCAAUCAAUUAGUUCAAUCGAAUUAUAUCAAUUUCUCUGUUCAACCAAUCAAUGACAAGCAGACGAAAACUUCGGUUAAGCAAAGAGUUCUGAAAAUCUCAAAUCCAUUUGUCGAUGCGUAUCUUAAACCACUAUCCGCUUUGAAUGGUAACACUGUAGCAUUCGAUUUGAUUCCGGCAGAGGAUAGAUAUAUACUACAAUGUCGAGGUAAACACUCUUGGGAAACGUACAAAGAAACUGGUGACGAAAUCGAUCGUAUACGUGAUAAUGACAGUGCACAUAGCAAAUCAACUAAUCAUCGAUUUCGAACUAAACAUGUACAAAAACUAUACGAUUAUUUCGAUUUAUAUGGUAAAUCGUUGGCUACGCGCGAUGUCAGAGAUCAUCAAUAUCGUAUCAUUCUUCCAACUGCUUCAACACCUGCACAACAGCAAAUCGAAAAUACCACUGAUCGAGCAGAGGCUGCCGCGUCAGCUGGGAAGAAGAAACAGCAACAUAAGAACCAACCGAAAAAAGCUCAACCGACAAAAGCCGAGAAAAUCAUCGAACAAAAUACGAAAAGAUUACUAGAUAAGCGUACGGACGACGAAGCUGAAAAAGUUAAGAAUGUCGAAGCACAAUUGAAACAAUUCAAAAGCGAUGACUACGUUGGUGCCAUCAAUUUAAUUGAUGGAAGUUUAGAGAAUUUCGAAACUACGACCAAACGUCUGGAAAUUUUGAAGAAGAAAUUCGAUCUACAGCGAAAAUUCUUACGUACGUUUAGGAAGAAAACGAAUCUAACAAAUGAAGAAAGAUCACAUUUUGAAUUAUUGCAAAUUGGCUUCUUCGCAACAUUGUGUGAAAUGACACAUUUAGAAAACCUUGCUAAUGCAUUUGAUGUAAAUAAGAAGUUCAUGGAAGAAUUAGUGAAUGAGAGUCCAUUAGAAGCAGAAAAAUGGUAUCGAUUUCAAAUGGAAAAGAUCAAUAGCCGAUUGCCACGACGUGAACAAGGCGAGCCCGAUCAAAGAUUACCGGAUUUUAUACCGGACCCAUGGCAAGUGAAGUUUUUAGAUGCAGUUGAUAAACAGCAAUCGAUCAUCAUCGUUGCACCGACUGCUUCCGGUAAGACUUAUGCAUCGUAUUAUGCGAUGGGCAAGGUUCUCAAAGACAAGGAUGAUACCACUGGUCUCUGCGUGUAUGUAGCGCCAACGAAAGCAUUGAUCAAUCAAGUAGCAGGAACUAUUCAAAUGAAGUUUGGUCCUGUCUUUGGUAUAUUUACGAAAGAGUUUCGUAUGAAUACACAAGCGUGCCGAAUUCUAAUCACAAUUCCUGAAAGUCUCGAAAUGCUUCUCCUUUCUGCGAGUUAUCAACGAAGAUGUCAAAAAAUUCGGUAUUGUAUUUUCGAUGAAAUUCAUUGUAUGUCUGACGAUACGAAUUCCGAUGUUUGGGAACGAACUAUGCUACUCAUCAAUUGUCCGAUGAUCGGUCUAUCUGCAACAGUCAAUAAUGGUGAAGUCCUAAGAGAAUGGAUCACAUAUGUCGAAGAAAAGCGAGCAAAAUUAUUCAACACUACUAAACCUCUUCCAGUAUGUUACAUUUCCCACCAUGAACGUCUAGCUGAUUUGAAUAAAUACCUUUACUCGAAUCGGCAACUCUAUCCAUUGCAUCCGGUUAGUCUUAUGAAUGCCAAACAGCUGACAACCCGAGGUUUACCCGACGAUUUUUCUCUCUCACCAUGUGAAACUCUUCGGCUGACUGAUGCGGUACAACAGACCAAUGUUCAAGCAGAACCAGUUCCCACAUUGACGGAACACUUUUCUCCUGGCUGGAUUGCUGAACGAAAUCGCUGCAAUGAAUAUUCACAACUCGUCUGUAGACAAUUUCGACAAUUGAUUGAUACGAAACAAGCUUCAACCAUUGAUUCUAUAUCUACAUCGCUUAAUCCCACAACAUCGAAUCAAAUCUCAUAUCCUGAAGUGAAACCUAUUUCAUCAUUAAUCGGAGAGUUUGUCUUAACAUUGAAGGAGAAGAGUCUUCUUCCAUGUAUCGUUUUCACUGAUAGUCGAGCAUUGUGUGAAGAACUGUCCGAAUGUGUUGCUGUAUAUUUCGAAGAAUUAGAAAAGGAAUUACGGCAAACAAAAUACAAACAUCAAAUCGAAGCUUUGGAGAAACGUCGUGCACUUAUUGAGAAGGUGCAAAAAACAGCUAAAGCAAAACAAGCGAGUAAAAGUGCGAGUAAACGUGGAAACGAUGACGAAGAUCAAGGUGACAAGCCAGAUGAGCUGAAAAAAAUGGAAGAAGAAGAUCAACUUCAAUUUCGUUUAUCGGGCCUUGAACAAGAGCUAUUGGAUGGAGUUGUCGAGGAAGGUACAUUAGCGAAUCGAUUUCAUUGCGAUCGAGACCUUGUCGAAGAAUUAACGGAACGAGUAUCAACAAGUAAUCCGAAAUUAAUUCGAUAUAUGAAGCGUGGUGUUGCCUAUCAUCAUGAGCAAUUGAAUAAUCGAACUCGUUUAUCUGUGGAAGGUUUGUUUCGACAUCGAUACGUUCAAAUAGUCUUUUCCACAUGGACACUUGCUUUGGGUGUUCACAUGCCAACGAAAACUGUCGCUUUCAUCAAAGAUUCUAUUCAACUCGAUGCCUUGCAGUAUCGACAGUCAUCCGGUCGUGCUGGCCGUCGUGGUUUCGAUGUACAAGGAAACAUCAUUUUCAUCGAUAUUCCCAUCCCCAAGAUUCGCCAUUUAACUAUUUCAGCGAUUCCUGAUAUUCAAACACGUAAUCCAAUCAGUGUGACAUUCCUUAUGCGUCUACUCCAUUUAUAUUCAAACGCUGAAGAUAAAAAAGAUGCUAACAAUCGAUCUCUCGUUGCUCUUCAAUGUCCUUUCAGUGGUCAAACAUCCCAUGCACAAGAAAUAUUCGCUAUGCGAAAUCGUUUUCAUUGUUUACACACGCUCGACUUUCUCUAUCGUUUGAAUUUAAUUAACGAACAAGGUGAUUUAAUUGGUCUGGCUGGAUUCCUAAAGCAUCUCUAUCAUGUCGAGCCAGCGGAUAUUCUAUUUAUUCAUCUGUUAGAUACACAACUAUUUCACCAAGUGCAUGACGAAGAAGAAAUUGUCAAUCUUUUAGCUCAGCUGUUUACAAACAUGCCUUCAUUGACGGUUCGUCAACAUUCGAAUGAAACUUCUACAACAAAUCGACAAACAUCGCGCAAUCCAACACAUACACUUCGAUCACUUUCAGCUGAUAUCCGUCAACGUAUUCAAUCAUACAAUUGCUUAGUAAAAGAUAUCUAUGGAUCAUACAUUGAAAAUGUUAACAAGUAUAUGCGCUCAUUGAAUACCAAUCAAGAAUGCAUCUUACCAUUGUCAAGCAUCGAAUUUCUUCCAUCAUCUGACUAUGAUAACGGAACAUUCGAAUACAAUCUUCAUCAUCAUCACUCGCAACAGUCGCAAAACCCAUCUAUAUCCCCAUUCGUUGGUCCAUCUGGUCUAACUCAUCAGCAAUACAUAUCAAAUUAUAAUCCAACAGUCGCUUCAUGGGACCUUGCUUAUAAUCUCGAUCUAUCACCACGUAUUGUUCCAUUCGUUGAUAUCGAUGCGCAUGAUCAUACAAAUGCGAGUUAUUAUUUGAAUAGUUAUGUAACAGAUUAUUUUCGACAUGGUUCAGAAAAAGUUUUGCAUUCAGAGAACAAUUUGUCACGAGGACAAAUUUAUGCUUUAUUGUUCGAUUUUGGUAAAGUGUUAACAUCUAUCAAGAUGUCACUAGAAGAAAUUCUUGCUGCUGAACCGAAAAUUGACUCAAAUCGUGACCUGGGAUUUUUCAAACCCUUACACAAAAAGCUGCACACUAUCGAAGAGAUGUUCUCUGGAAAAUUUCACAGAGAUUAUAAAUAA